GGAUUUUGAGAAUGUUGGUACGAUGACUUUAGAUUGGCGCUAUUACAAUUUUAGUUAUGUUUCUAAUGAGACUGAGAGAUACUUCAAUUAUUCUUCUCCAGAUAUGAGUGUUUCGAGGUGGGUCUUGGGCUCAGACGGGUCCCUUACAGAUAACCCAAAAGCUUUUUUUGUGGGAAGAGGUAUGUGUUUUGGUCAUUCCUCUAAUCGUGGGUGUGCACAGAAAAAUACAUCCACUUGCAGGAAUAGCAAUCAAAUGUUCGUGAAAAAACUUGGUUCUUUUUCUCAAACGGCACCAUCUCGUUUGGAUGUCAAUUCGAGUAUCAGUAUUGGUGAUUGUUGGGCUCAAUGCUCGAGCAAUUGUUCCUGUUCUGGUUUUGGUACGGUUUACAUUAAUGAAACUGGAUGCCGGUUCUACACUAGUCAAUUUGAAGAAGAUCAACUUGGCAAUAGAGAACAGUUUUAUGUUCUGAUCAAAACUGGAGAUAAGCCCAGCAUCAGAAAAAUCAAAUGGUGGAUAUGGAUCAUAGCAACAGUGGCUGCUUUAGUUGUAAUCUUGGGAUUCUUAAGUUUUUUGUGGAGGAAAAAAAUCCAAUGGGAGCAGGAAAGCAGUGAGGAAGCUACAUUACUCGAAUUGACGACUUCAAACAGAUUUGGAGACGCAAAUGAGAUUAACAAUGAUGGGAAGAAAGGUCAUGAUUUGAAAGUAUUCAGUUUUGCGUCCGUUGUAGCUGCCACAGACAACUUUUCUAUUGAAAAUAAACUUGGACAAGGUGGUUUUGGUCCUGUAUAUAAGGGAAAAUUACCCGAGGGACAAAAGAUAGCUGUGAAGAGACUUUCUAGAAGUUCUGGACAAGGAUUAGUGGAGUUCAAGAAUGAGCUUAUACUAAUUGCAAAACUCCAGCACAUGAAUCUUGUUAGACUUUUGGGUUGUUGUGUUAAUAGAGAUGAAAAGAUGUUGAUCUAUGAAUACAUGCCCAACAAAAGCUUGGACUUUUUCCUCUUUGAUCCAAAGAAAAGGGAGCUUUUGGAUUGGAAGCGACGUUACAACAUCAUUGAAGGCAUUGCUCAAGGACUUCUUUAUUUGCAUAAAUAUUCUAGACUAAGAAUUAUUCAUAGAGAUUUAAAAGCAAGUAACAUCUUGCUUGAUGAUGACAUGAAUCCUAAAAUAUCGGAUUUUGGCAUGGCCAAGGUUUUUGGUCUGAACGAUGCUGAAGCUAAUACAGGAAGAGUAGUUGGAACACAGAGUAGACACUUGUUAUGUCCCUACUUUAUCCUCAUGGAAGGAAAUUUUUCAGAGAAGUCAAAUGUAUACAGUUUUGGAGUUCUAAUAUUGGAGAUUGUUAGUGGCCAAAAAACUAGAGGCAUUUAUCAUCCUGAACGCCCCAUGAACUUAGUAGGAUAUGCCUGGGAAUUAUGGAGAGAAGAUAGAAGUUUGGAACUAAUGGAUUCGACUCUGCUUGAAUCCUAUUCUACACUCCAGAUUUUGAGAUGCAUUCAUGUGGGUCUCUUAUGCGUACAAGAGUUUGCGGCGGAUAGGCCAACUAUGUCUGAUAUUAUCUCUAUGCUUACCAAUGAAACUAUGCCACUUCCUACUCCAAAACAAAUAGCAUUUUCUGCUCAAAGACAAUUGAUAGAGACAAAUCUACCUAGCAAUGAACGGGAAAGUAGUUCAGCAACUAUAACCAUUUCAGAGAUGGAUCCCCGAUAAAUAGAGGGUGAAAGAAAUGUUUUUCUGUGUUGUGGUAAAGCAUUUUUUGAUAUUUUAAUGUGCUAUGAUAUUGUUUUUGUGAUUUUCCAAAACUGAUAAAUAUUCCAGUUUUGAUACAUGGAAUGCUUUGAGAAAUAAACAGGGGUGUGUGGAUUGGUGGCAACUAAUAUGGUUUCCUCUCAAAAUACCAAAACAUGCUUUUAUUCUUUGGUUGGCAAUGAAAAAUGCAUUAACCACAGGUGAUAAAUUGUUGAGGUGGGGUUAUCACGAGGACACAAAAUGUAUGCUUUGCCGGCAUGUUAUAGAAGACAGGGAUCACUUGUUCUUUAGCUGUAGCUAUAGUGGUAGAAUUUGGAGAAAUGUUAUGAAGUUGUGUGCUGUUGAAGACCAUUGUGUAUAUUGUUGAAGAAGGGCUGAAACAGUGGAGGAAGAAGGUUUUCAAAGCUUUUGUUUGUAGGCUUGCGUAUGGAUCUACUGUGUAUCAUAUUUGGAGAAGCAGAAAUGAUGUUAAGCAUGCAAACUGUCCCCUGACUGAGGACCAAUUUCAGCAGAAAAUAAAGUUGAAGGUUAGAGUCUGCAUUAUGAGCAAGUAAAUUUAGGAGGACAUGCAACGGGUAAUGUACAAAUUUGCUACAAUUGGGGGAUUGAUGCCGGAUCCUGGUAUUGUUUUGCCUUUGUUUGUUCUAUGUUUUGAUAUGGUUUGUUGCUGAGUGUUUUGAGAUUUUGAAGUAUGUUUCAAAAUCUUGGUUUCUGCUGGUCUAAUGCAACAUUAUAAAUUAUACGA